AUGGCUCUCAGCUUCACUCAGGAGUACUUUCAGAUCCCAGUGGUGACCCGAGCCUACACGACCGCCUGCGUCCUCACCACCGCCGCCGUGCAACUGGAGGUCAUCAGCCCCUUUCAGCUCUACUUUAACCCCGACCUCAUCAUCAGAAGAUAUCAGAUAUGGCGCCUGAUAACCAGCUUCCUCUUCUUUGGUUCUGUGGGAUUCAGUUUCCUGUUCAACAUCAUCUUUCUGUAUCGAUACUGUCGGAUGCUGGAGGAAGGAUGUUUCCGGGGAAGGACGGCGGAUUUUGUUUUCAUGUUCCUGUUUGGAGGAAUCGUUAUGACUCUGUUCGGUGUGUUCGCCAACGUCUUCUUCCUGGGUCAGGCCUUCAUCAUCAUGCUGGUCUACGUGUGGAGUAGAAGACAUCCGCUGGUCCACAUGAACUUCUUUGGCCUCCUGAACUUCCGGGCUCCGUUCCUCCCCUGGGUUCUCACCGGGUUCUCGCUUCUGCUCGGAAACUCAGUUGUGGUCGACCUCCUAGGUAUCAGUGUCGGUCACAUGUACUACUUCCUGGAAGACGUGUUUCCAAACCAGCCGGGAGGAAGGAAGCUGCUGACGACGCCGGAACUCCUACGGUCUUUGUUUGACCGACCAGAGGACCCAGACUACGACCUCCUCCACGACGAGCAGCAGGACGACGAUGAGCUGCACGACUAAAAGACACAAGAACCCCCGAAGGUCUGGAUAAAUCAGACGAGACAGGAAGAGGAGGAGGAGGAUCUGUGGAGCCCCGAGUCUUUGCAGAGGACAGUUUAGACGUAUAUGAACCGAACUGCAAGUCAGAAUCAUGAAUAUAUUAAUUCAUCACAUAUUGGACAGAAAGCAUUAUUUUUAAAAAACAAGCAAUGACACCAAAUUUCAAAGGAUUAUGGGUAUUUUAUUUUGUUUGCAUCCACGAUCAACAGGCCUGCCAACAGGUGGUGAUAGUGUGCCAAGAUCACAGUAUUGCACCAUUAAAGGAAGUGAAGAAGAAGACUGCUAGCAUGUAAACAUGGAUGUAAACAAUUCAGGUUUUGAACUGCACUCAACGGGUUUAUAAGAAAGAUAAAAUGGGAGUUACGAUUGUAACCACGGUUCUAUGAAUUCUUCCUGACUCUUCCAGAGUUGUCCAGUGCAAAAGCGACGUCAUUUGGCGGUCAGGAAGAUAUAAAACACUGACUGUAAACAGAAACUUUUAAAGGUCCACUUUAAGG